GCUCCCUUCAUGAAAUCUACUACAUCAGAAACGGUGCCCCAGAAAAAGCUUUGAAAAGCGCCCAAGAGACUGCAGUCAUUUUGAAAAUCUUCCUCCACCUAUCUCUCCACCAAAGAUGGAUCUAAAUCUAAAAAAUCUUGAGUUCUUGUACAGUCUUCAUGGCCAGGUGCCGGGGAUGCUGGACUGGGACUUUGAGAAUGAGUUUGUCCUGCCUUGUACCACAGACCAAUGCCUCUUAACUGAGCAGAAUCUUCUCAAACACAGAUUUCUAGCAACGAACCCCCCUCAGGUGCCUCAGAAGGGAAAAGCUAGUCUUAACAAAGAUGAUCCUCACAUUGAACCCAACCUGUGGAUGUGGGUGAAUCCUAACAUCGUGUGCCCCCUUGGUAUCCAGGGGUUCCCAAAUCCCAGUGAUAAAAAUGGUCUGAGAAGUAUGUGUCCUUUCCCUUGGCCACUCACUAUGGAUAAAGAGUCUAGCUGCUCAGAGGCUGCAGUGGUAGACUGCCAACCAUUUUUCCCAAGUGAUCAUUCUCCUGAAGUGAAGCACUUCACCUCUUCCAUCUGUGAGUUAGAGUUCACAGAAGAGAAAGUAAAGGAACGAGAAGACAACUCUUCUGCAGCCCUCCAGUUCCCUAACAAAGAGUGAAUUCAGCAGCAGAAAUCCUGGCAAAUUGAGAACCAGGAGAUAAGGUCCUGGUCUCGACCUCCUCUCAAUUAUGGCCACCUAAUUGCCCUAGCAUUAAGAAACGGCUCCCCCUCUGGACUCAAUGUGCAAGACAUCUACAAUUUUAUUCGCCAACAUUUCCCUUUUUUUCAGACAGCUCCAGGUGGUUGGAAGAACACCAUUCGCCACAACCUUUGCUUCCUGGGGAGCUUCAGGAAGGUGCCAGUCAUACUUCAAGAUGAGAUUAAUGCAAGACCUCAAGCUUGCCUUUGGAUGCUCACUGAGGCAGGGCACCACCGCUUUCAGGAGGAAACUCGUCCCUUGGCCUCUGCUCGGAAGCAGAUCAUCCAAAAGUGUAUGAGUCAGCCAGAUGUGAUGACUGCCCUAUUUAACCUUUGAACUGCCACUGCUCUCUUCUGGGAGCAUUGUCUUCCUUCUGAUGCUUACCCAUGCCCUCACUGACCUUCAUCAAUCCCUAAUCUCUGUGCUUGGUGCCAAGCUUGUCUUUAUCAACUGUUACAAGAAUAGUGCUAAAGUGAGAGGUGGGCACUGAAGAGGUGGAGCUUGAAUCAAGGUGGGGGAGUCAUGAAAGGUUGAAUGACAAUGCUGACAGUUGUGCAUUGUUAGUGGAGGCUGGAAAUCCUAGAACAGUAAUGUGGAAGCUAGGGAAAGAAGGGCAUGGCCAUGCUUCAUGAGAAGGGAAUUCUGCUUACUCUGCAUACACUCUCACAUGAAAGUGAAUGGUAGGAUUUAGUACAAAAUGCAGAGUGUACCCAGGUCACGUAACUAGUUCAGGUGAAGGUGUGGGUGCUUAAG